GUUCCACACAGUCCUCAAAGAAGACGAUUACAUUUGGACAGUCAUUCAUACAGACGCAAUUCGUCGACGAUGUCAUUCAUCGGGCGAGGCGGAUGUCGCCACUGUGGAUGUAGAGAAUACGUGAAGCCACCAGAGGGAGAGAAAUGUUACCACUGCAACCACGAGAUGGACCUUCACGUCGUCAAAUAUCAACCACAACCAACUGGUGGGACACCAACCAGCAAGACCGGUGAAUCAUCUGUUCAGAACACAAUGGAUGCUGCCACGGUGGAUGUUAGUCUGAUGCACACGGGAGAGGCGUUUGAACAAGGAGCCCCUGACGUAUGUUUCGAAGAGACGUGGGAAGUCCGCGCACCGUCUGACUUGGCGCAUGGACAUUUCGUCAAGCCCCAUGAUAGAGGUGCAGUCAUCACAAAGCGAGUAUCACCAAUGACAGGAAAGGAUGGAAAUAUCGGAUCUAGUGAAGACAUGACAAUUUUCACGGACAUCAACCGAGACAAGUACGGAGUUGUUCGGGGUAGGUGUCGAGACUGCCCCGAGGACUGUCCUCAGUAUUCCCUACCUGUCCUCAGACACAACUGUACAUAUUGCGGGUGUCCGGCGGGUCAUCAUGAGAGGGUGGAACCUCGACCUGAACUCAUCAUCAAGAUAGAACCAGGGGAGGAGGGGGCAGGAUCUCCGGGGCGGAGUGAUGACCGACCACCACCCGGUCCGUCGAGAAGAGCCCAGCCAAGUACCUCCAGGCGAAAUGAGUCGCCCACUGGCUCACGAAAUCACCAGGAUACAUCACGUACAGUAAUCCAGAAACGUUGUAAGACGUUAUUUGGGGAUGCUGGCGUCACAUAUUCUUAUCUUCAAGAGAAACUUACAAAAACUCAACGCGGCGUGUUUACAAUCCUAUGGAAGGGAAAAAUAAUUUAUGUUGGGGAGCCAAAGAAGACGCCCCUAUUAACUAACCUUCGUAGUAUCUUUACUGGUGGAAGCACUCAAGAUAUCGGCAAAUGUUUGAAAAGUUUACCCAACGAUUUGAAAGAGAAGCAUGUCCGAAUCGCUUGGCUGACACACAUGGAUGACGACCCACACUGCCAAACGUGCAGAGAAGGCAAGAAAACGCUGCUUUCGUAUCGACAGUGUGUUUCAAAACUGCAAAGCAAGAAUCCAAGGGAGGUCCUCUUGGAUCUCAAGACAAAAUUUUCACGCCAUUAGAAGCAAAAUGUUUCUCGUGUUUCAACUGACCACAAAUUGUAGUGUUUAGUUUGAAACCUUUCUAAUCCUGGCAUCGUCUAUGUAUUUGUAUGUCACUUUAUCUCAACAGUCUGUAGCAUAAUUGUAGUUUUAAGGAUUUUCUGGGAAAAUAUAUUUUUGGGUAAAAUCCCAACUCCCCAGUAUGCAACAAACCACUCAGGGUAUAGCAGAAGAUUAUGAUGUUUGAACAUGUAUUUGGGUGAAGGAAAAUGUCACAUCUCAAAGUUCCUUUACCUUUCAAAGCUCUAUUUACAAGACAUUUCUACAUAUCUUGUGAUAAGAACAUUAUAAUGCUGGGCAGAAUGUGAAUUAGAAUCACCUCAUCAUAUUUUGUGUGAUCCCCAUUUAGGUGGCCUAGCUUUGGUUGCCCGUGGUAUACUGUUUUACUGUUCUUUGUCGACAGGAAAUUAAAAAUAAUUAACUUGUUUUCAUCGCAAUAUGGCUGCAAUAUUGCCGAUGCGAUGUAAAAUUUUAUAUAUGAUAAAACCUGAGGCAAAGGAAAUACGAGAGUAUCCAGUAAUUUAAUAUGUACUGUUCCCCUACUUUUGAACUAUGCCUGUGAGUAUGUGUUAUGAGCAGAUGCCCGAACGCGAAUAAUCCCGAAGGCGUACGUGGGACUUAAAAUAUCAAUCACUGGUUCAUCUGGUUCUGAAUCGGUUAUCUACGACCGCCGUCAUAUUGACGUAUACGAUUUACUUUUGACUUAAUCAUUAUCGUUAUCAUGACGUCUCAGGCAGCAUAAUAAGUACAGGUUGCUAAACAAUCGCAUCCGAGGUAUUUACUGCCUUCCUGUACACAGUAUGCUGUGUUUUAUAUGUUUAUACUUUAGACUAGUAUAUGUUUGACAUUAUCUUUUGCACUUUGCAUAUGUUUUUUUUGUUCUCAUAAAUAACAUAUUUUACAGAAAACACAUGGUCUUAUCAUAACUUGUUUUAUAAAACAUAUUUCUUUCAAACUUAUAUUCAAAUAAAAUUUGCUCGGAGA